AUGCCCCAGCCAGACGGACUCGCCCAGCUGCUCACCUGUCUCAGGAACUCAGACUCCGCCGACACCACCAUCCAGCAGUCAGUCACCAAGCAACUAGAUUCAUUCAACCAGGUGCCCGACUACAACUCCUAUCUCGCCUACAUCCUCGCAAGCAUGCCCCAGGAGGAGGCCCGCGUCCGAUCGGUCGCCGGGCUCAUCCUCAAAAACAACCUCCGCCGCCUGCCCUACCACCACCACCACCACCCCCACAGCCAGGACCCCGACAGCAUCUCCGGCCCCUCGCUCGCCGGCGCCCAGCAGCAGAUCCUCGAAUACGUCAAGUCCUCCGUCCUCGCCUCCGGCCUGCUCUCCGACCCCACCCCGAUGCUCCGGGGAACCGCCGGCACGCUCAUCUCGACCAUCGUCAUGCAGUUCGGCCCAGAGUCCUGGCCCCAGGCACUCCAGACACUCAUCGAACUCACCGAGGCUAACGAGCCCCUCGGCAAGGAGGGCGCCUUCUCGACCCUCUCCAAGAUCUGCGAGGACGUCCCCCGGAAGCUCGAGCAGAUGUCCAUCAACGGCAUCCGCGUCCUCGACAUCAUGGUCCCCCGGCUCAUCAACCAUCUCAAAAACCCCUCAGACUCCCGCAUCCGCGCCUACGCACUCAUCUGUCUCAACCCGUUCAUCCAGACCGGCGCCGACGGCAGCCUCACCGACAACCUCCAGCCGUACGUCGAGGCCCUCUUCCUCUCCGCCAGCGACCGCUCCCCCGAGGUCCGCAAGAACGUCUGCUCCUCCCUCGUCAGCCUGCUCAGCUCGAACCCGGACGUCCUGAUCCCGAACCUCUCCCAGACGGUCGACUUCAUGCUCUACUCGACCCAGGAGAGCGACGAGAGCGUGGCCCUCGAGGCCUGCGAGUUCUGGCUGGCCUUCGGCGAAGACGUCCGGCUGAAGAACUAUCUGGCAGGAUACCUCGAAAAGAUCGUGCCCGUGCUGCUCAAGGGGAUGAUCUACUCGGAGGAAGACCUGCUGAUCCUCGACAACGACGACGAAGACGAGGCCGUGCCCGAUCGGCAGCAGGACAUCAAGCCCCGCUUCUACGGCUCCAAAGACCCCCGCAGCCAGCUCGACGACCCCGCCUCCGCCUCCUCCUCCUCACCCACCCCGGACACUACCAAUAACAACCAGCAGCAGCAGCAGCAGCAGCAACAACAGCAACAGAACGGGGAAGACGAUAACGAGGAGAGCGAACUCGAUGAGGACGGCGACUCGGACGAGGACGACCUGUACGCCGAAUGGAACCUCAGGAAAUGCAGCGCCGCGGCCCUCGACGUCAUCGCCGUCAACUUCGAAAACAGUCUGCUCGACUACCUCCUACCCAUCCUCAAAGAAUACCUGUUCCAGCCCAAGUGGGAGCACAAAGAAGCCGCCAUCCUGGCCCUCGGGGCCAUCGCCGAAGGUUGUUUGACGGGCAUGGAGCCCCAUCUGCCCACGCUGGUCCCGAUCCUUCUCGACUGCUUGAAGGACCGGAAAGCGCUGGUCCGGUCGAUCACCUGCUGGACGCUGGGGCGAUACUCGAGCUGGAUCAUCGCGCCGGGCGCGACGAGUGCGGAGCACAAACAUACCGUCUUCCUGCCCGUCAUGGAAGGUCUUCUGACGUGCGUGUUGGACAAGAACAAGCGGGUGCAAGAGGCCGGAUGCAGCGCGUUUGCGACCCUCGAAGAAGAGGCGGGCGAGGAGCUGGAGCCCUACCUGUUACCGAUCCUGAGCAGCUUGGUGACGGCGUUCCGGAAGUACCAGCACAAGAACCUGCUGAUCCUGUAUGACGCGCUAGGCACGCUCGCGGAUUCGGUGGGGACGUCGUUAGCGAAGCCGGAGCUCUUGCAGAUCCUGAUGCCCUCGCUGAUCGAGCGCUGGCAGAAGCUAGGGGACGACGAGCAAGAUCUGAUCCCGCUGUUGGAGUGUCUGUCGUCGGUGGUGAUCGCGAUCGGGCCGGCGUUCGGGCCCUAUGCGCCGGCCGUCUUCGAGCGCUGUGUGCGGCUGGUGGCCACCAGUCUGGAGGGAUAUGCGCUCUGUUGCAAGCACCCGGGCGAGUUCGAGCCCCCGGAUAAGACCUUCCUCAUCGUGGCGCUCGACCUGCUCAGCGGGCUCACCCAGGGUCUGGGUCCCCUGGCCGCGCCGUUCUACGAGGCCAACCAAAACCAACAGAUGGGUGCCGGAUACGCCGCCGUGUCUGUUGUCGGAGGGAGCGAUUCGUCAGCAGCCCAGGGCAUGGACGCCGUCCCCUCAUCCACCCAUGGCCCGCUCCCCCCCAUCCUCUCCCUCCUAGGCACCUGCCUCAACGCCGACUUCCCCGAACCCUCCGUCCGUCAAUCCGCCUUCGCCCUCGUCGGCGAUUGCGCUAUCUCUUGCUACCAUCUCCUCGAAUCCUUCCUCCCCCAAUUCAUGCCCCAGAUCAUCCGCCAGAUCGACGUCGAGGCCCCCAUCACGCUCACCAGUGUCUGCAACAACGCCGCCUGGGCCGCCGGCGAAAUCGCCAUCAAAGCCGGUGAUAAGAUGGCCGGGUUCAUCGAGCCCCUGUUGAGCCGCUUGGUCCCCGUGCUGAACUCGAACAGGGUCGCGCGGAGCUUGACGGAGAACUCGGCGGUGACGAUCGGCCGUCUGUCGCUCGCUUGUCCCCAGCUCAUCGCCCCGCACAUCGACCAGUUCAUCCGGCAAUGGUGUCAGGCGUUGGCGGAGAUCAAGGAUAACGACGAGAAGGACUCGGCGUUCCGGGGGAUGUGUCUGGCCAUAGAGAUCAACCCGCACGGGCUGACGGACGCCUUCGGCUUCUGGCUGAACGCCGUCGGCCGCUGGAGCCGGCCGUCCACCGAGCUCAACCUCAAGUUCAAAAGCUUGUUGCAUGCGUUCAAGAACGCCAUGGGCGAGAACCAGUGGGCCGUCACCAUGACCAGCCUCACCCCGCAGACCGCCCAGCGUCUCCAGCUCCUAUAUCAAGUCUGA